CUAUAUCAAUUGAUUUCAAUCGACUGCAAUUGUACAUAGCAGAGACAAUAGCAAAACAUUCAGAUUUCGGUCAAUCAAUUCCUUCUUAAGUUCCACUCGACCUUUCUCAAAAAGUCGAUUCAACUUUACCUACCAGUACACAAUCUUCACACUUAUCAUAUGGAGUCCUCAUUACACGGAGUUUGGGAAAGUGCCGUUGGCAAUCCCUUCAUCCCUACCGUUGGAAAAGACAGUCAAUUCUCCUUGGGAUUCUCAUUAUUGUGUAUUGGAGUUCUUCUUUCGGGAUUGUUUGGUCUCAACCGAUCAGCUCUCACUCUGCCAUUACUUGGACUUCCUGCUUCAGCAGCCAUUGCGGUUGGUUCAGUUUAUAUGAUCUGUGCGGUUGGAGUUUAUGUUUAA